AUGACAAAGGCACAAAGGAGAGAACUUCAAGAAAGUCAGCGUGCUGCUAAGGCGGCAGCUGCGGCACAAGGAGGAGAAAAAGGUGGCCCAAAAGGCAAGGGUACUGCAAAGCCAGGAGGAGUACAGGCAAGUGUGCCCAAUACGCCAGGGAGGCCGAGGAGGCCAACAGAAAGCGGAGAUACGCCGACACGAUCUGUGUUCGGUCAAGCACGAGGGCCCGGAAGGGAUGCUCGUGACUCGACACAUGGAGAGGAUACUGGCUUGUCGACUCGCGGUCUUCGAAUAUUUGCGCAUUUUGGACUACCGAAGGCACCGAGCAACGUGAAGGGCGACAUUCACCCUGCAAUUGUUCGCCUCGGGCUUCAGUUCUCAAGCUUCAAGCUGACCGGGGCCAAUGCACGUUGUAUCGCCACGUUAACUGCGUUUAAAACCGUAAUUCAAGAUUACUCUACUCCUCCUAAUACGACCCUCUCCCGGCAUCUGAUGACGCAUCUUAAUCCGCAAAUCAAUCACCUGGUUUCGGCGCGUCCCAUGGCAGUGACUAUGGGUAAUGCUAUCCGGCAACUUAAGCUAGAAAUAAGUGGAUCAGACAUCGACAUGCCUGAACAGGAUGCAAAGGACCUCUUAUGCCGCAAGAUAGACAAUUACAUCCGGGACCGAAUAAUUAUUGCGGACCAGGUUAUCCAAGAUUCUGCUGGUCAGAAGAUUCGAGACGGCGAUGUCAUUCUCACUUUCGCUAGAUCAUCUGCCGUCGAGAAAGUCCUACUUCGAGCUCACGAAGAUGGAAAACGGAUAUCCGUUAUCGUCGUUGACUCACGACCAAUGCUAGAGGGGAAACACCUAUUGUCCGUACUCACAGCAGCAGAUAUUCCUUGCACGUAUCUGCUGCUUCCUGCGCUAGGCUCCGUCAUCAGUCAAGCCAGUAUUGUCCUCCUUGGAGCACACUCAUUACACGCCGAUGGUGCGGUGUACGCUCGUUCGGGCAACGCGCUCGUCGCAAUGCUCGCAAAAGCACAUGGAGUCCCAGUCCUUGUAUGCUGCGAGACUUACAAAUUCGCGGAGAGUGUCAUUCUUGAUGGUUUUACGAAGAAUGAACUCGCGCCAGCUGGAGAUAUCUUCCAAACGUUCCCACGGGUGAUCCCCCGCGAACGACUAACAUUGGAGCCGUCGCCGAACCUGGAAAUACGUAACCCGUUGUAUGAUUUGACACCACCAGCGAAUAUUACGGCAGUGGUGACAGAAGUUGGAAUCAUCCCGCCUAAUUCCAUCAGCUCUAUACCGCUUACUCUUGGGCGCCAGACGAUUUAG